UUGCAGCUGCAGCUGCAGUAGAUGAUUAGCAGACAAGUUGCUGGCUGUGGCUGAUGUUGACAAUUUUAUUGACAUUGAAUUUGAUUAUAGGAAUGAUAACGUUGUCUCAUUAGGGUUAGAACUACGAAUCGUCUUGAUUGUUCUUGAUAGAGUAUCCAGUGUACAAAAUUAAAUUUUAGUCGUCAAUAUGGUUCGUGCCUGGUAUAUGGAUGAUUCUGAUGAAGAUCAGAGAUUGGAGCACCAUACAAAUCCUCCAAGAUUCUUGGAACUAGACACGCUAAAUCAAGACACUGGUGUUGAGUACUUUAAGAUUGGAGAUGAAUCUGGUUUGGAUGGGACACUUUUGAAUCAAAUUAAAAAAGAGCGGAAUUAUGCUUUUGAAGAUGAGAUUACUUGUUCCAGGGAGUGUCUCGCUGAUUAUGAUAACAAGCUAAAAAUAUUCUACAAAGAGCACUUGCAUACUGAUGAAGAAAUUCGGCUGGUAGUGGAAGGGUCAGGUUAUUUCGAUGUCAGAGACCAGGAGGACCGAUGGAUUCGCAUCGAGGUUGUUCCUGGAGAUUUGUUGAUCAUUCCUGCCGGCAUAUACCAUCGCUUCACAUUAGAUGCCAAGAAUUAUAUAAGGGCAAAGAGGUUCUUUGUUGGAGAGCCGGUCUGGACACCUUACAACCGCCCUGCUGAUGAUAUGGAUUGCCGUAAAGAGUACCAACAAUGGAUCAAAUCCAAAAAAUCUCAACAAUCCACUCAUAUGCCACAAGUGUCAAGCUAACAUCAUCAAUGAAGAUCAAUAACUUUGUUUUAUUGUUAUAAAAACUGAUGUAAUAUUAAUUGCUGCCCUAAACUGUCUUCCACUUUAACUCGUAAAUAUAUAAUUAUUUUGUGAAAAA